AUGGCAAAUUUACGAGCAACAACAACAGCAGCAGCUGUAGAAGCAGCAGCAACAUUCCCUCCCACGCAUGCCGGUUCACAAGUAGCAGGGGUGUCAAUGCUAUCACAGUAUCGUGGCCCCCAAGACCCUUGUGGUUGGGCAGCCGAUGCGCAUACUCUCCUGGAGAAGUACCUGCCUGAGACCUUCGCGCUGGCUCAGCCGAAUGCGGCUCUUGCUUCCCUUCUCUUCAGACAAGGGGCUCCCUCCACGGGAAUACACCUGACGGAGGUUUGCCAGUCCGGUGACAGGUAUCUUAUGACUAAGGGGAUUUUACUUCUCCAGAGAUCUCCCCCUCUAGUUACGGUUGCGGUUGCCAUGACCAGCUCACUGGGAACCCGGUUCACUAACGACGUUGUUCAAUCCACGUCUGUGAAACCCAAGGGUUUCGGUCUCACAAAAGUUUACAUUGUCAAGCUUUUUCAGCCUCUGGCGCAGUGGAGCGGGGCGGACCUGGUCAUACUCCCCCUUGUCAUCAGCCAAGAAUCAAGAAGGCUGCGCCUUGACACAACAGACGAUGGCAACCAAGUCCACUGGGAUUUUCUGACAGACAUUCCUCAAGAUCUUAACCUCCAAGAUGAUGAAGCAGUAAUAUCAUGUGGCAUCAGAUUCUCGCCAUCUGGAGCUAAGCUUAGCGAGCCUAUCAAGGUCACAUUGGACCAUAAUGCACAUUUCUCUAAUCCAAGACGUGCAGAAAUCGUCUUCUACACGCGUAACAAAGACUCAGAAUCUUUUGUAAGAAUUCCUGCAUCCACCAGCCGUUACCCGCGUUGCACUGUCAGAGCAAAAGACUUGGAUCUCUACGUAGAUCAUUUUUGCGAUUGGUGGAUUGUGGCUGUAUACAAUUGGUACUUUGUUGGAAAGAGGGUCAACUGCUUGCCAUAUGUACGACCACCUGUCUGGAAAGAGUUCACCCACUUUGUUUAUCUCUGCAUCUAUGACGAUCUCUCAGGGUUUUUUGAGAAAAUAGAAAAAGAAAUGACAGGGGUCAAAAUGAUCUUUCCGUCCCAGCCAAUGUUCGUAGAAUGGAAGCAUGGAGAUAUCGAUAUCAAGUUGUUCGAAGGCCCAAAGAAAAAUGAAAAGAAAAUUGAAGAGCAGACACUAGGUAGAAAGGAUAUCAACCUCGUUGGCAGGAAACAAUUCUCCUUUGAACUGAAGCCACUUGAGUCAGGGGCAAGCCCAGAAAUUCUCAAAUUCACCUUGAAUCAAAGAGGGUCUGUCUCUGACCCUACUUUGAUUCAAUUUAUCUUGCCAUAUGGUGGUGCCUUGCAGAAGUAUUAUUAUGUCAUGUCAUUGAAUCUGGACUAA